AUACUGCUGUCAACUACUCCUCCCUCAUCUUCUUCUUUUAUAUACCGAGGCCCCUUUUCUAACCCUUCUCCAUCUCCUCCUCUUGCUUGCACACCUCUCUCUCUCUCUCGCUCGCUCUUGUCUCUAAAGGUCUCGGUCAUGGCGCCGGCUUUCGUUCACCGGGAUAGGAAUACCGUCUGUGUCAUGGACGCGUCAUGUCGGCUCGGCAUUUCCCUCGUCAGGAGGCUUUUGCAGAGAGGAUGCACUGUUCAUGCCGCCUCUUAUCACCAUGGUUCGCAGUUCGCCCUCGGGUUCUUUCACCUCGUUGUCGUUGGGUGCUUUUGUGUAUGCUGGAUUCCGACGAUUGCUGCUUCAGGUGAAUCGAGUGGCGUUCUGAAGAGGAUGUGCAGCGAGAACAGGCGGCUCAAGCUGUUUCAAGCGGACCCCUUCGACUACCAAACCAUCGUCGACGCCGUGAAGGGCUGCUCCGGCCUCUUCUACACGUUCGAGCCUCCCCAGGAUGAGUCCUAUGACGAGCUGAUGGUCGAAGUCGAGGUGAGAGCCGCACACAACGUGGUGGAAGCAUGUGCCCAGGUGGACACCAUCGAGAGGGUGGUGUUCACGUCGUCGGUGACCGCGGUCGUUUGGAAAGAAAACCGCAAGCUAGCGGCGGACGUCGACGAGAGGGAAUGGAGCGAGCCCAACUUCUGCAGAAAGUUCAAGCUUUGGCACGCGUUGGCAAAGACGUUAGCGGAGAAGACGGCGUGGGCGCUGGCAAUGGACAGGGGCGUCGACAUGGUCUCCGUUAACGCCGGGCUCCUAACGGGGCCGGAGAUCUCCGUCAGCAACCCCUACUUGAAGGGGGCUCCGCAGAUGUACGAAGACGGCGUCUUGGUGACGGUGGACAUCGACUUCCUCGUCGACGCCCACAUCGCCGUCUACGAGGGCCCCUCCGCUUACGGACGUUACCUCUGCUUCAGCAACGUCGUCUGCCGCCCCCCUGACGCCGUUAAGCUCGCCCAGCUGGUCUCCCCCGAUGCCCCUUCGUCUCCCCAAAGUAAUGAGUUGAAGGUGAUAGCGCAGCGGAUUCAGAACAAGAAGCUGAGCAAGCUGAUGGUGGAUUUCGACGUGCGGAUACAGGUGGAGUAGUAGACAGCCGUCCGUUUUGCUUCUGAUGGUUGGAGAUGUGGAAAUGCUGUGUGGAGUCUUUUAAGUCAUCAUCAACUGUGUAUAUGUAGAGUGCUCCCUGGUUUCAAAUAUCCAAAAGAAAGAGUAUAUGUUGAUUGGAUUUGCAUAAAAUUGGCAGAUGAUUGAAUUGUUUUUACCAUUGAAA